ACUAGCAGUGCCUUGCUUGAUGCACCCCAGGAUACGGUUGGCCCUACUGGCUGCCAGGGCACACUGCUGGCUCAUAUUCCACUUGCUGUCAACCACAACCCCCAGAUCCCUCUCUGUGGGGCUGCUCUGUUAGCAGACAGCCUGUUAGCAGACCUGUAACCAAUCCAGUGAUGACACAGCCAGUAUCACGAAAUCUCACUGUUCCUGUAGUGGCUCAACCUGUAUCCAGGCCAGUGACUACUGUAACAACACAGCCUGUAAUAGUCAAUCAAGAUUAUAUUAUGGAUUCUCCACCAGCUGCACCAGGUAAUACAUCUGGUAUACUGUUUGCUGUGAGACUGAACUCGGGAGUUCCACAGUACCAGACUGGGCCAUCAGUGAAUGUAACAGGUACUAAUGCUACAUCAAGCACUAUUAAAAAUGGAGGACCUUUUCCAUGAGCUUGUCCAAAGCGCAAUAUUGACUUCAAUCUUAUGGGUCCUUUAAAAAAUCAUAUGAAGUAUUGUUGUACAGAUAUGGUAAAUAAUUUCUUCACGGGAGUGGCCAAAACAGAAUGUGCAAGUACAACAAGCAAGAUCAAUGACUCUGAGAAAGGAAAAUUGAUUGCGUUGGUUAAUGACUUCUAUUAUGGGAAACAUGAAGGUGAUACCCAGCAGGUACAACAGGAGCAGAAGACUCAUACAACAUUUAAGUGCUUCAGCUGUCUGAAGGUUCGUAAAAAUAACAUAAGGUUUAUGAACCACAUGAAGCAUCACUUAGAGCUCGAGAAGCAGAGCAGUGAAAUCUGGGAAAGCCACACCACCUGCCAGCACUGUUACCGUCAGUUUCCCACCCCAUUCCAGCUGCAGUGCUAAAGGGAUGCAAGACACGGACUCCUGAUGGCUCUUAAACAGGAGACCUUUAUCGCCAUUUUUCACCACUACAUAUACUUUCCCCGUAGCCCCACGCACUGUCCACAAGCCUGAAUCUGUCUUACAAUUGGUUAGAGACCCUCAGGCACAUGCCUCGAGCCAGCCAGCAAUUGGCCACUGCCCAAAGCUCAUCUUUAACACUGUAGCCAUUUUACUUUAUCUCGACCUUGCUCAAGUUUUUGGUUCUAUCGCCGUUUUCCUCAUUAUCUCUCAGGGACGUGUGAAACAGCGCAAAGCUCCCUGCGAAUUCCUUUCCCCACACAGUGCCACACUGAAAGUACACGCACGUCUUAUGAAUCAUCUACUGUUUGUAAAAUCUGUGAAUUAUCCUUUGAAACAGAAAGUUCUUUUGCAACAUAUGAAGGACAAUCAUAAGCCAGGUGAAAUGCCAUUUGUUUGCCAGGUAUGCAACUACAGAUCCUCAGCUUUUUCUGAUGUAGAAACAUUUCAGGACAGUUCAUGAGAAUACAAAACAUUUGCUGUGCCCAUUUUGCCUCAAAGUAAUAAAAAUUGGAGCACCACAUAUGCAUCAUUAUAUGACGCAUCAGAAAAAAGGAAUAUACUGUUGCACUAAGUGCAGACUGCAAUUUUUGACUUGCAAAGAAAAAAUGGAUCACAAGACUCAGCAUCACCGAACAUUUAGAAAACCUAAGCAGUUAGAAGGAUUGCCUCCUGGAACAAAGGUUACUAUUCAAGCGUCUGUUGGAUCUCUUCAGUCAGGAUCUUCUGUUAGAAUGAGUAUAUCCACAUUUCAGCUAUCACCUAAAGCUAAAAAUACAACCACUAGAAAUCAUAACAGAUUUAAUACAAAUAAGUCAAAAGCAAACUCACAACCGUCAACUACACUGAAGAAGCAAAAUGCAUGGACCAACAGCAGCAGCAAAAAAAAAAAAAGUUAUGAAUACAGCACUGCAUAAUCUAAGGUAUCGUUUGGGAUGUCAGAAAUGCAUUGAGUGUUACUCAGAAAUAAAAGAUUUUGCAAGCUACUUUCCUACAUAUGUCCGUUGUACCUUAUGCAGGUACAAUACUAGCUGUAGCAAAGCCUAUGUGAAUCACAUGAUGAGUUUUCACAGUGCUCGUCCAAGUAAAAAAUGUUGGAUCUACAAGAAGCAUUCAGAAGAGCUACGAGGUGUGACUGUAGUAUGUCUUAACUGCGGUUUUCUGACUGAUGGUUCUGGCUUAGAUAGCAUGGCCACACAUCUGAGUGAAAGCCACACUCAUACUUGUCAAGUUAUUAUAGGGAAUGUUUCUGUAGAUUUGCCAACUGCUGAACAAGUAUCUGAGGGAGUCGAAAGUGAGCAGGUAUCCUGUACUGCUUUCGCUCACUGAUAUGUCAUUGUGGAGCAGCAAAUUGAACCUAGUCGAGUUUGGGAUUAUUUUGCAAACAAGAACAUAAGUCUUCAGAGGAAACAAAAGAAUGCAAUAGAAAUCAAACUAAAAAAGUUGCAUCGGUUGAAAAGAACGAAGAAAACUCAUCAUUCUCAGGUACAAAAAAUGUUCCCAAUUUGGAACUCCAUGACAACAGCUCCAAGAAUUCUUUGCAUGAGAAAGGAGCAUGUUGUGAUUCAGAUAGUAACAGUUAGUAGACAAAGAACAACAAUAUGUUCGUGGUGAAAGUGAGUUGAAAACUUGCCAAAGUUCAGAUGAUGGUGUCUUGACUGACCAGACUAAAGUACAAAACUUGGAUGAAACUACACUUGCAGCAACAAACACAAAGGACUUAAAACUAACGUUGGGUGAAGAUGUUAGUUUUAAGUAGUUCUAGAGAAAAAGAAAUGAACCUAAAUCCCUUAGUUCAGACAUUAGUGAACAAGGCAGUAUUCAUUUGGAGCCUUUGACUCCAUCAGAGAUGCUAGAGCAUGAAGCGACUGAAAUUCUUCAGAAAGGUAAUGUUGCACCUUCAUCAAAGAAAGCUGAACAACCCUCUGAACGAACAGACGAGACUUCUAAUGAAAGCAGUCCCAACAGAAUGGAAACAACUGUAAACAAGACAGAUGAAAAUGAAACAAGCUGAAAUUGUGUUCUUUUUAUGGUUUAUUAUAAAUAAAGGUAGGAACACCAUGCAUCAUUCCUGACAAGUGUGCUCAUUGUUGCUCAUAGGGUUUUUUAAGAGAGAGAAAGAGGCACAGCAGGGAAACUUUGCAUAUGAAGGUAGCAUGUACAUGUAUAUACAACUGAAUUAACUAAGUUUAUGAAAGGUAACACAUUUCAAUUUGUCUGCCUGUCUGUUCUGUGUGGUAUAUCUUAAGAAACCAACAUUUGAAAGGAGGAAUAGAUUCUAUUUUUUUUACUCUCACAUAAAGUGAUUUGCUAGUCAAGAAAAGAUUUUUAAAAAUCCUCAAGUGAAACGGUGGAAUUUAGUAUGAAUUCAGUUCUGAUGCUGAAGUGGAGCACACUUUUAGCAAUGGCUGUUGGUCUACUGAUAAAUUGGGUGAACAGAAAGCUUUGGAUUUGGUGUCACAUUCCUGUCUGUAAAAGCACGUAAACAGAAUUAUAUGAAUCUGUGCACCUCUGUACAGGUGUAAUCCUGUCAGACUGUAAGCUUACCUUAAUAAACUUUCAGUGAAAGUGGAAAUACUAUGACAAAAUAUAUGUUUGUGGGGUUUUCAAUGUGCAGGCUGUGCAGAAAUACCAAGCAUAAUUGUAUAAAGUAGGACAUACUGCUGAAGGGAUUAUAGCUGUUAGGCUUUUACCAUUGUUUUAAAUAUUCUUAGCGGUAGACCCAAAGGAGUGGUCUGUAAGUCAAACCGAAGUAUGGUUUAAUGUAAACAUUGUUUUCAGCAAAAAGAAGGAAAACUCCAAACUGGAAAUACCGGCUGGCAUACGUUCUGCCAUUUUGCAGCUGCUACUUGCUAACUGUUACAAAAAGGACACGAGAGCACAGGAAUGUACAGUUCGAUUUCAGGACUUUUUGUAGUCUGUUAUGUACAGAAAGAUAGCUGCUGGUUUGGGGUUGGUUUCUUUAUAGCUAGCAGCUAGGUGUCAGAUUGCAAAUGACUAGCAGUAGCUUGCUCUUAGGACUUCAUUGCCCAUUUGAAACAUUCAGAAUGUGCUUUUGACUUAGUUUUGUUUCUAAUGAAAGUUAAAUGGUUUGAACAGCUGUUAAAGCACUGCUGUAAAUUGUUACUUUUUGAGUAAAUAUU